AUGCUUUCAAGCUUGCUCAUCCUCUCGCUGCUGGUGGGGAGCACAGCAUCAGGCCCGGUGAGCAGAGCAGAACCUGCGGCAUCCAGGGACGUCACCACCUUUUUCCAGCUGGCUCAGGAAGAAUCUUGGGAGAACGUUAAUCUCACCAGCAUGUCCUGCGAGGAUCUGAAGAACAGGACCUGGAUCACCCUGCAGCUGACCAACAGCAGCCUGACAGCUUUCCCUGUCUGCCUUCCGGAGGCCCUGGAGACCUUGGAUCUCAGCAACAACCUCUUGGAAGAGGUGAACGGCACGGAGAUAGCAAACCUCCCGCGGCUGCGCAUCCUCUCACUGAGGCAUAACCAACUCCAGGCAGUGAGGUGGGGGUCUGAAGCCCUCAGCAGUCUCCUCUCCCUGGACUUAAGCUUUAAUUACCUGUCGUCUGUGCCAUCGUGCCACAGCUCUGCCCUGCCAAACCUCAGGUGGUUGUCCCUGGCAGGAAAUCCGCUGCUUGACAUCCAGCCGCUGGCUUUUUCCUGCUACCCUCAGCUACAGUUCCUGAACCUCUCUGCCACGCUGCUCGGGCAAGGUGACAGCAGAGGGAUUAGGGAGGCUGCUUUUGCCAGCAGCACAUCCCCCAGUGAGGCCACAAACAGGCCUGGAAACACCAUCAACAUGCUGGAUCUGAGCGGGACCUUUCUCGAGAAAAUUCAGCCAGAGUGGACUAGAGACUUGCCCAACCUCAGAUCACUCCACCUGACAAAGAUGUCACGAUUAAGAAGCCUUGAUACCGACUUCUUCAAGACCAUGCCUGGUCUCCGAGAGCUGAACUGUCAAGACUCCCGCUCGCUGGGUUUCGUGAGGACAGAGGUGUUUGCCAGUGCUCCUCAUCUGAGCCAUCUCUCCUUUGAGAACUGUAACCUGAGUUCCUUUAAUCCCUGGAACAUCACUUCUUCGGAUAGCAUCACCAUCAACUUGUACGGAAAUCCUCUGCUGUGCGACUGCCAGCUCUCCUGGCUGCUCUCCAAGCCCAAGAAAGUGGUGCUGCAAAAGGCUUGGGAGACUUCUUGCAACGCAUCCCAGGAAGAUUGGGACAGACCUUCACCAUCUUUUUCACUGCUGGAGCUCUACGACAAAUGCCAGUCCGAGAGAAACGUUACGCUGCCCGACGCGGACGCACCCUCUCCCGAACACGAUGCUUUCAGCCUUACCAGUUAUGAUGCCACGCCGGUAGUAACAACAACGGACUCUGCUCUGCAAACCAAAGAUGCUUACACCAGCUCCCUAAUUGAGAGGAAUGUAAUGAGCACCACUGCAGCCAACCCGACUGAGCCGAUGCUCGCAAUGGCCAGCAGUUCCUUCCCCGAGGAGGAGGCAGUCUCCGGAUCCAUGAGCAAUCCCCCUUCCUUCGCAUCCAUAACCACUUCCUCGGCUUUUCUCGAAAAGCUCCAUAGUCACCCUUCGGAUUAUGGCUCCACGAGUCAAACAGUUCAGCUGAAGAGAGAGCUCAGCACGACCCAAGCGACGUUUCCCCAGGAAGGCCUGUUCAACCAGCCCACCAGUGAUUAUUCUACCAGAGCAACAGGGCACCCUGACACCGCUGACCAUUAUAUCCCCUCCUUUGCCACCCACAGCGCGGAAGGUACACCGCAGACGAGCCUACCCCCGCUGAACUCCACGCGGUCAGAGCCUGCACCCACCAGAUCACUGAUACACUACGUAGGUGACUACGAUUACGAUGAACACUCGACAGAAACCCCGGUGCAACUGGCAUACACCUCCUGCGACUACAACCCCUGCAGGCACCUUCAGAAGCCGUGCAGUGAACUUCAGAGUGCAUCCCCAUGUUUAUGUCCUGGCAUGUCAAGGGAAGAUGAGGUUCCAGAUCCGCCGAGGCUCCGAGAAGUGUCUGAAGUUACAGACAGCUCUGCGCAGAUACGCUGGUGCGCCCCGAAUUCAGUUGUUCACACCUAUAAGCUGAUGCUUCACGCCCAAGGCAACGAGGAGAGACGGCUUGACCUGGACAAUAUUUAUUCCACAGCAAGGCAGUACACUCUCUACAAUCUCUCACCAUACACCACUUACAACAUUUGCGUGACUGCUUCCAACAAAGCAGGGUCAAGCCAAACAGCGAGUCAGGGAAUUCUAGGUAAUUCGUGCACCAGAUUUAAAACAAAACUCAGCUACAAGUCUGUCUUCGCCGCUCUGAGCGCAGCGAGUGGACUCUUUCUCAUUUCCACAAUUGUUUUGUCUGUAUGUCUGUGCAAGGCAUGUAAAAAGCCUCAGAGUGAGCAGUAUGGUACACACUUAGUCUCUUAUAAGAAUCCAGCAUUUGAUUAUCCGUUAAAACUACAAACUUCUAAUUAG